AUGAGUGAAGAGGCGCAGCGUAUGACCCUGGGAUGCGAGAGGAGAAAACAUGAAGGACGAGUGGACGGACGAGCGCUCGGCCGAGGCGACUUCGAUUUCCGACGCGUGAUCGGCAAGGGCAGCUUCGGCAGGGUAUACCUGGCCCACGACCGGGGCCAGAGGACCUGCUUCGCCAUCAAGGUGCUGCAGAAGAGAAUGGAUCGUCAACAGGAAACGAGGACGAAGCACAUUAUGUCGGAACGAAACGUGCUGCUGAAGAAUCUCUCCGACCACCCAUUCCUGGUCGGCCUCCAUUACCGCUUCCAGACCAAGGACAAGCUGUACUUUGUCCUCGACUACAUCAGCGGUGGAGAGCUUUUCUUCUACCUGCAAAAGGAGCAGGUGUUCAGCGAGAACCGAGCGCGGUUUUACGCGGCCGAGGCCGGCUCGGCCGUCGGCUACCUCCACUCCAGGGGCAUCAUCUACCGCGACCUGAAGCCCGAGAACAUGUUGCUGGACAAACAGGGUCAUAUAGUGCUGACGGACUUCGGUCUAUGCAAGGAAGGUCUGAUCGGCAGUACCCAGACGUCCACCUUCUGCGGGACUCCGGAGUACAUGGCGCCGGAGGUGCUCCUCAAAUUGCCUUACGACCGCUCCGUGGACUGGUGGUGCCUGGGCGCCGUACUGUACGAGAUGCUGUACGGCCUGCCUCCAUUCUACAACCGCAACACGCACGAGAUGUACAACAGCAUUCUGCAUGGCCGUCCCCGGCUGAGGUCGAGCGCCUCAGCGGCGGCGCAGCAGCUGCUUACGGCGCUGCUGCAGAAGAAGAGCGAGGCUCGGCUCGGCUCGGGGCCGAGCGACUUUGACGAGAUCAAGGCUCACCCGUUCUUCGCGCCCAUCCACUGGGAAGACCUCCUGCGGAAGCGGGUCACGCCGCCCCUACGUCCCCGUCGUGACUCCACACUGAGCCAGCUCAGCCUCGACCGCCACUUCGUCGGCUUCUCCUACGAUCCCGGCUGCGAACUACACGACGGCGACUAG